UUAUUUGUGUCACCAUUAGCUAAUGAACGCGUCUCCAUCACAACCACCCCCCCACACCCCCCAUCAACGCUAUGUCUUAAUAAGCCGCCGGCGUGCCACCACAAAGACAUACCUGGAUGCGAACAAAAGCUUUCGUCGUGGAGAUGACCGCAAAUGAAUGGCAGGGAGAUGAGCAAAAAAAAAAGAACACAGUUCCUGUGUCACGCUUAGAACGGGCCCCGAAUGACGUCCCGAUUGCAUGUGCUGAGACGGGAUAUAAAAGGCCCCCCGUUCGUUUCCCUGCGGAGGAUGAAAGCGCAGAUGCGUGCCUCUUGCAGACCGCAGAAGAUGAGGUGGUUCACCCCCAAAUUGCACUCAUCUAACAAGAAGGUCCUUGUUCUUCUUCUGCUUUUGCUGCACUCCCAGGCGUCGCUCUGCGAUGCCCACACCGUGUCCAGCGAGUGCUGCAGGCAGCCCUCUCGCCCGUGUCGCCUCCACCUGUUUCUGUGCCGCUCCGGCGGGACCGCCACGGUUGUGUCAGGCGACGCCUCAGCCGGCAUCCUGACUCUGGGCAAGCGCACGCAGGACGAGCCAACCUUCCAAAGUCGCCUGCAGCAGCUCCUCCACGAGUCCACGGACCGCUCGGCUGGCAUCCUGACCAUGGGAAGGAGGGCCCAGCCGGGGGUCAAAGGUCACUAUGCUGCGUUGGCGCCCCCGUCGUAUGUCACCGUCACUCCUUUGCCUGUUUGA